AAAUUUUCAAAAAUAAUAAACAAAGAUAAAGUUCAGGUUGCGGUCACAGAAUUCAUAAGUCGCGCUUCAGCUAUUAUAAAAGGUAAGGUUGCUUUGCUUGUCUUCAAAGUCCCUAUAUUCGGGGAAAAUGUAGGGACUUUGCUUGUCAAUUUGAAGUUUAAAAUGGAAAAAAUAAAUCACACACGCUUGUCUCACAUCUUUAUCUAUUAUCAAAAUACAUUACAUACGCUUCAUUACAAAAAUAUAAUAUUUAAAAUAGCGCCAAAUAAAAUUAUGCCCAUUCCCUUUUCUCACAUUUCUUGCAGUCAUCACUGAUGAAAGUGUACGAACCCGUGAAGUUGGAGACACAUUCAAAGCAAAUGUAACAUUAUAACCAGAGCUGCAAUUUGUAGUUGUCACUCUUAAAAUCUUUAGCAGGUUUUUUAGCUUCGGUUCCGCUUUUUUUAAGUACACUAUUUAAUUGUUAAAUUUUAUUUUUUUUGAAGAAAGUACUUCGGUUUUGGAUUUUUGCGAUGUUAAGUUGGGGAUUUUCAUUCAGUCACGUUGUCGAUUCUCACUGCGCAAGCGCUCAAAAUAACCGCAGUUAUUUGAAAUAGACACAAUAAUGCACUAAUAAAAUACACAUACUUUUUUUAAGGUGUCAUUUAAUAAAUUUGUAGUGGAUGUGUCCGCAACAUAUUUUCUUUUUGAUCCACUUGUACAUUUUUCGUCGUUUGGAACCAAAUUGAUACUUUUAGUUUCACCACGAGAGGGAGCAACUGACCCACGCGCCACUGACGUCCGUGUUAUCCAUCCUUUUAAAUCAAACGUCAACGAAUAUGUCGUUAUAUGUGUUGUGUUCGGGUUUUUCAAUCCAGUUAAUUUUUUGUGUUUAGAACCUAAUCAAAUGACCAAGUUGAUGUUGAUAAUGUUAUUAGUAAGUGUACUGAAGCCGAGGAAAGUUGUCGAAGUAGUUCUUAAUCUUCCUAGCAAGCAAUAAAGCAACCUAACCUAUAACUUUUUGCUUUUUCACUCAAAAAAAUGAAACAUCGUGCUUUAAAUGCGCGUUUAUUAGUUCAGUGGAUAGAAAUAGUUGGAAUGUGGAGUUUAAUACGCUGAUUAAUGUAGCAUGGCUUCGAGUGAUAAGUGGGCUUGCGUUGAUAACGCUGAAGAGGAACUGAAUUAUGAGUAUAGCGAUGACGACGACGACAACGAGGUACCAGAGUCCCGAAGUUCUUCACCAGAUUUUCAUUUAUCAAAAGCAAAUUACUAUAACUUUUCUGAUGAUGACUUUUUCCCACUAAAAAAACUUGACAGAGAAUUUCGACUGCGUGAACGUGUUCAACCUAAGCCACAUUUUAAAAGACGCUGGAGGCAUCUUAAUUGCAUUACGGGCAAUUUGAGGCGCUGGCGAAUUCGAUCUUAUGAUCACCUUUUUAAUUUACACAAAUUCAACAGAAAGCAGAUGUCACAAAAUCGAGUAUUCACACGCAUUAGUAAAGAUGAAACAAAAGAAAUAGAACAAUUUGCAGAGAUUGCAGUAAUAGUCAACAAUGAUUUAUAUCAAGUUUCCACAGUGACAGAUUUAUAUAACUCUGCUUCACCUGGCUGUUCAAAGUUAAUUUUGGGUGUAGCACAUAAGAGCCAUAGCAAUAACAGAGAUUUUUUGUAAUUGGAUUAAUUAAUUUAUUUAUUUUCUAGUUAGUAAUCUUUCUUUUUAUUUCUUAUAGAUUUGGUUAUACUGUGAUACUUAUAUAAGUAUCUCUUUGUUGUUAUUAAUUUGUUAAAAACAAUUACAUUUUCAUAGAUUAAUUAUAAUUUUAAUUUUAAGAUUCCAUCCAAAUGGAAUAAUAAAACGAUUAAUUAAAGAAGGUGCUAAAAGCAGUUUUCUGCAAACAGGUUUUUAUUUCACCAAACAAAAAGCAGAUAUGUAGCAAUCUUCAAAAUUUUUUGGUUACUUACUAAAUAAAAAAAGCUAAAAAGUCUCCCGUUUUAUUUAUAUCGCAAAAAAUACAUUUGUAGCCAACUUCUUCUAGCACAAAGCUCGCGUAUUUUGAUUAGUGAUGAAAAUAAUUUUGGUUACAAUUUUUGUUUAGUGAAGUAUUGAAAAUUUGCAGCUAACAAUUUUUUUAUCAACGAUUUGUCAAAUUUACAUCACUAAUUUAAUAUGAUAAAAAAAGUUGAUUAGUGUAAGUUGUGAAAAACAACUGACUUAGUGCAAUGUACGUGCACAAUGGUUAAUUAGGUCAUUAUUGUCACCAAUUUGGUGCUUGGAAACACGGGAGAACGAAGUUGCUUAAAAAAAGAUCAACUUCGCUGUCAAAAUUUGCUCAACGGUAUUGGCGCCAAAAUUUUGAAAAUACUGUUUCCUAAUUGGCUAGUUAAACACAUUAAAUUAGUAGAAAGCAAUAGAGGAUGGUUUUUAUAAAAUUUAAACUAACUCUUUUUGAUCUCUUAGCAAGUUUUUAAAAACUAUGUAUAUAUCUGAUCUGAAUUCCGUACGCGCUCUUUUAAUACUUGGGAUACGCAUAUACGAUGAAAGCUAAGUUAAAUGUCAAGUUGAAACGAGUCUAUCGGUGCUAGUUUACACCGAUGUGUCAUUUUUAAAACAUUUUGUUUCUGCUUUAAGCUCAUUCAUGAUAAAGUACAUUUCAACUUAGAGUGAAAUUUUAAUGUAUACUUCCAUUAUGCUCUGCUCGUGUAGCAAAUCUGUGAUACCAAAAAUAGUACAGUAGCAAAUCUGUGAUAUCAGAAAAUAGUACAGGUAAUUCUACUUGUCAUUAAACUUGGUUUUUGUCGUAUAUGGUUUCGUUUGUUGUAGCCGUGUUUGCUACAUAAUUUCGUUUCCUUCUCUCUAGUUCCCAUGAUUAGUGUUUGUCUUUGUUUCAACAUCACUUUCUUUUUAUAAUAGAACUGUGCCAUAAUUUGCUGUAAAGUCGGUUCGUUUGAAGGCAUCCGAAAUUCGUUGCACGCCUUUUGUGUCAGAUUUGUUUCUACCGAAGUCAGUACAAUCAAGAAAAUUCAUACCAGGAAUAUAAAUGUAAGCGUGCCGUCUCUUCACGCGAGCUAAGCGAGCACACUAGUGUGAAAACAUCACUAAUAUUUGUUUUUGUGGAUUUUAUAAAGGCAUUUCAGUGAUAUAAAAUCCAAGUUCGAGAAAAAUCUUCAGGUAUGAAUUUUCUCUGAAGUAAUUGUAAAUAAGGACUAAAUUGGUUUAGUUCUAAAGACAAUCGGUAUUAAUUUUUCUGAAGACAAACUCCUAUGGUAAGAAAUUAUUCUAAAAUUGCUAUAUUUUGUAUAUUUUUAUAAAAAAAUGAAAAAACAACUAGAUACAAUUAUUAACCAAAGUUGUAAAACUAGAACAAAAUGCACAUUUAGAACAACAGGUUUAUUCAGAAUCCUACUCUUCAUGUUUUGAUCUAAUCUGUUAUAUUGGUGAAACUUUUCCAUUUUUACUCAAUAUUAUAUAUAUGAUACUACUGAUUAGAACAAAAGUUUUGCUGAUAGUGAGACCAUUUUGUUUCUGUCACAUCUAGGAGCCCUAUUGUAUCAAAAAAUGUGUGCAGUCUAGUCAUUACUGUAUCACAAAUAUUGUCAAAAGUUGAAAACACUUCCACAUUGUAUAAAUAAAUACUUUUCCGUUA